AUGACAAUUGAGGAUUUUAUCGUGUCUAGAGUCCAUAUUUCUGGACGUGGAAAUCGACGGCAAACUGCCAAGCGACUGAACAGGCAACAUUUCAACCUUAACUUGAAUGACACACAACCUUUAGGAAGGAAAGUGGCGCACUCUGCUAUCUACGUAUCGGAGGAAAGAGACAUCAUCUACAGAGAAGAUGUGGAACUGGACGGGACUACUAGCACACUUACCAUAAUGUAUCAGACGUUGAAGCAGUAUAAUAAUCUGUUGUACAGAGACGCAACGGCUUUGCCUCAGAACAUAGCUGUACAGAUUGUGAACGUAGUGUUUCCACCUGGGGACACGGAUUACAGUUUUGUGACUUAUAACCUCAACCAAGGGGUCUUGGAUUGGGCAGUGCUUUAUUCGUUCGUAUCGUUCCUACAAACGUACAUAUCACCUGUACCAUAUGACCACGCGACAUUUGUUACCGGUUUUGACCUGCGAUAUUACGGAGCAGCAAUUAACGGUGAUGCGUUUCUUCGGUCCAUGUGUAUACAGUGGGUCUUUGAUUAUGGAUAUCACAGUUCGAUAGCUGCGUUCAAUGCCGAUGCCAUCGAAACAAUGGCUCAACUGCUUGGAUAUGGUUAA